GAGUUGACAAGGAUAAAAUGGGAAACCUAAAGUAUAUUACAGGUGAGAAAGAUAAGACAUGAGUUUCCUCUAAGCUUCUUCAUAAUUUGCAUGCCACAACACCAAUAAUAAAAUACUACAGAAAAAAACAGAUCAUCCAUGAUUUAUACGUUGAAUAGGAGAAUUAAGAAAUAUAUGAGGACAAAACAAAAGGAAAUUGAAAAUAUUAGUGUCAGAAGUUUUUUUGUUUUCAACAAUUAACUGUUUCUCUCGGAGAGGAGAAGAUUUGAAGAUUGUAUGUUAAUUUAUUCUGCCAUUUUGGAUCUUGGGUCUGUCUAAGAAGUGGUUUUGAAAGAAUGGGUAAAACAGGGAAAUGGAUCAAGAAUUUAUUUACAGCAGGAAAGAAAGAAGAACUGAAGAAAGGAGAUUCACCAAUUUCUAUAGGGUAUCCUGUUUUAAUUCAACCACAUACAGCAAGGGAUACUAGAAGAAGAUGGAGCUUUAGAAGAUCAACAGCUACAAGAGAUUCAUCCAAUCCUAUGGAAUCAGUUGCUACAACAUGUAUUAAAGAAGUUCAGUCAAUGAUGAAUUCACAAAAUGAAUCAGCAGAAGAGAAAAAACAUGCCAUGGCUAUGGCUGCUGCUACUGCUGCAGCUACUGAUGCUGCUUUGAAAGCUGCACAAGCAUCGUCCACUGAAAUUCACUUAACAGUUGUUUCUACGAUUGAGUCUAAUUUGAGUAUUACGGAGAAACAGGAUAAUUCAGCUCAAGAAUUUGCUGCCAUCAAAAUUCAAUCCGUUUUCCGUUCCUAUCUGGCCAGGAAAGCUUUAUGUGCAUUGAAAGGAUUAGUAAAAUUGCAAGCAUUAGUAAGAGGUCACCUGGUGAGAAAACAAGCUAAAGCUGCUCUGAGAUGCAUGCAAGCAUUGGUGUCGGUACAAGCUCGGACUCGAGCUCAUAGGAUUUUGAUGGCUCAAGAAUCACAGCCCAUUACACAGAAACAAUUAGUUCACAGAAAGCCUCCACACCCAUAUCUCCAAGAAAAUCGUGUUCGUCAGACGUACAAUAAUGACAUGGAGGAGAACAUUAAGAUCGUCGAAAUGGAUGUCGGCGAGCUCAGCAGUUCAACUCACAGGUCAAGUUAUUCCAACAAACAAACUGAAAUGGGAGAUCCUAGAUUCUCUACAUAUAAUUCUAGCCACCAAGAUCAUAGUCUUCACCAAAUUUCACCUUCGGAAUCAGCAUUAACUGAUAUAAGCCCAAGAACAUGUAGUGGAUAUUUUGAGGAUUAUUCAAUGAACUAUGAACCAAAUAGCCCUCAAGCCUCUGUAUCCAAACCAGGAACCCCUUUAACAGACUACCAGUUUUUUCCAAGUUACAUGGCUAAUACCGAAUCAUCCAAGGCAAAAGUAAGAUCACAGAGUGCUCCGAAGCAAAGGCCGGCUGAUUCAUACGAGAGACAGCUAAGUAACAAGCAGAAGGUACCAACGGGUGGAAGAAAUGCACCUCGAGCGGUGAAAAUGCAGCGUUCAUCUUCGCACAUGGGUUCAGCUGUUGUAGAGUACAGGAAUCCUUGGUCAACUAAGCUUGAUAAAUCGACAGUCUCGUUGUACAGCGAGUGUGGUUCUUCCAGCACAGUCCUCGCUAAUUCUAAUUACUGCAGAUCUGUGGUAGGAUAUGAGUUCCGCGGGAGUAGGCGUUGACUGCUCACUUCUCUGUGCCAGCUAAAAGUACUAGUUUUCGUAUUUAUUUCCCGACUCCAGUAUUUUUCCAAGGAAGACUUAUAUCCAAGCUUCCCUGUUUUGUGUUUCUGCAAAUAAAAAAAAUGUUUUGCUUUAAAGAUUUUGGCGACAGAAAUAUGUAAAUGACUACUGAAUCCGCAACCUUGAGUGAAUGUAAAUUUUAAGAA